AUGGAAGGUCUUCAAAGAUCAACCAUCUCUUUCCGCCGUCAAGGAUCUUCCGGCAUAGUCUUUGACGACCGUGUAAUCGCCGAGCUCAACAAACAAGCCACGGACCAGAAAGACGAAAGUCAACGCGAAGAACAGCCUAAGCCUAUGUCUGAAGGCUCAGAGCAAGAGAAACCCAUCGCCGGCGACGAGAAAGAGAACCUCAGGCCGAUCAAAACAAGUGUACCAACAACAACAGGAGGAGGACUCGAGAGGAGUCGAUCUAACGGCGGAGGAGCUCCACGUCAUCACCGAACAACCGGAAGAGUCUCUCCUGCGGUGGAUCCGCCGUCUCCUAGACUCUCUACAUGCGGUUGCUGCACUGCGUUUGGGAAGAAACCUCCGGGGAAGAAGAAUAAUAAUCCGAGGAAAAGGCCACCGAAGCGCAGAUCAAGGUAG